UUCAACGUAAUAAAAAUCCUCAUUAAGUAUUACGAAAUUGAAACGAGACCUGCCAAACAUAUCAGUAUAAAAGAUAUUUUAAACGGCAUUGGUCGAUCAAUGAAAAAUGUUUCUUUUAUUCGUAUUUUUUUAUUGUUUUUUCGUAUUAAAAAUCACCGACCAGACGCAAUAUUUUCCCGGAGAAACAUAUCCGGUUAAUUCCAUUACUUGUCCAAAUGAUAAAAUUUGUAUCUUUAUCGAACAUUGUUCUGCCAUUUUAAAUUUAAUGAAUCAUAAUCUACUUCCAAUUCAUAGAUUUCGCCAAGCAAUUUGCGGUUACGAAAAUACGAGACCAAAGGUGUGCUGCAACAUAAACGAUAAUAACGUAAACACAUUUUUCAUGCAAACGGAUGAUACAUUUUACGCGAGACAGAGUUCGACUUUAAAAUGUGGUAAAAGUUUGGUUGGUGGAAAUGUUAAUACCAUAGGAAUGUUUCCUUUUGUUGCGAGAAUUGGAUAUAAAAACAGUACAGGAACAAUAACGUAUCUUUGUAACGGUGUAAUUCUGAAUCAACGCACAAUAUUAACUACCGCAAAUUGUGCUAUUAUAAAGUUUAAUAAUUAUAAACUGGAUUCUGUAAUUGUUGGUGAGUUUGAUACUGAUACUGAUUCUAAUUGUAAUGUACAGAAAAUAAAUAUAUCGUAUGUGAUAAAACAUCCUAAUUACCAAGCUGAAACUUUCGCCAAUAAUAUAGCGAUGUUACAUUUAAAAGAAUCGAUACAAUAUACUGCGACUGCACAACCUAUCUGCCUUUUGCCGAAAAAUAAUUAUAUAGAUGUAGGAAUAAAUGCUAUUCUCGUUGGUUGGGGCAAAUUUGCAAAUCGAAAUGUAAAUCCUUGUAAGCAACAAUUUUUGAAAAUGAGGAUUGUAUCGAUCGAAGAAUGCAUGAAUUAUUAUAUUCAAGGAUUAGCUGUUGAAUUGUGUACUAUAGGAGAUGAAAUGCCAUGUUCCGGAUACAAUGGAAGUCCUCUUUUACUUAAAUACGGCGACACUCAUUUUUUGUUAGGUAUUUUAUCAUAUAGUUCCAACUGCAAUGUAACCACCAGCUUUCCAUCAGUCUUUGUUAAUGUACAGAAAUACGUAACAUGGAUUCUAGAAAAUUAUUAACUAUUCAUUAAAGGACUAAUAAUUUAUUUAAUGUUAAUAUAUAUAUGAAUAAAACACAUAUAUAUAUA